AAUAUAAAUUAGUAAAAAUUAAUUGUAUCAUUAAAGUUUACAUUUGAAAUAUUUGUCAAAAGUAAACUAUAAAUUUAUUUGUGUAUUGAUAAUUUAAACUCUAGUAUUGGCCCAAUAAAAAUUUAAUUUGUUUUCAAAAUAAAAACAAAACAAAGUAUUCAUAUAUUCUUCCCAUUCCGAAAGACUUGCAUCCCCCUUAAGGGUUAUUCCGACUGCGCCUCUGAUCGCAUUGUGAUAAACGGAAUGUAGCUACGACGCCCCGCUCAUAACGAAUCCGUACUUUAUUUCAGUGUUGAGCGGUCACUGUCUGGGAGCAGCCGAGGAUUUCAAGAUCAGAAAUUAAAAAAAAUUAAGCUGAACCUGCACCAUGAAGGCGUUUGUCUUUGUCUGCCUUCUGAUGAUGGGAUUGAUGGGCGUGGCCACGCCAAGGCGUCAUCAUAAAGCUCAGAGUAACAGACUCCCGGUCGCGCUUUACUACGAAGCCCUUUGUCCGUACUGCAUGGAUUUCGUCACCACACAACUGGGUCCCUCGAUGCUUCGAUUGGACCGCCUGCCAUACACAGAUCUCAAACUGGUUCCUUAUGGAAAUGCCAGGCACGACGAUGACGGAAACGUGGACUGCCAGCACGGAGUGAAUGAGUGCGAACUGAAUGCUUGGCAUGGCUGCAUCCUGGAGCAUCAUGAGAUUGCGGAAUCCCUGAAGCUGAUUGCCUGCAUGAUGCGAGGAAAGAAGAACCGGCUGGACAAGUGCGCUGAUCGCUACAAAAUCAACGUGGAUGAUGUUAAAAAUUGCAAGAAAACGCGGAAUAUUAACGACAUCUUGGAAAAGUACAGCGAGGAAACGGCCAAGGUUCCUUUUCCAGGGGUGCCAGCUAUUGCUCUGGAUAACAUAUAUGAUGAAAACGUAUCAGCAAACUUAACCGAGAAUUUUGAUGCCUUUUUUUGUGAGAGCUACAAGGAAAAGUUCAAUAAAGUACUAGACAACUGUCAAUAAAUAAAUAUGUAUAUCGUAAAACAUCGACUUAUUUUCCGGCCGUCGUCAACUUAGAAUCGUAAUGAAAAAAAUAUUACAAGGCAUACCAUUUUAAGAAACUACGUUUAUUUAAAUGUAAUCUAAAGAUGAGGCUCAACAAUAAAUCAAAUUAUAUGCAACA